CUACGUUUGCGAUAUUGAUUUUGGCGCGAAUGAAUGAUGUAGAAGAAAACACCGAUUAAAUAGCGGUAUAUUUUCAUUUUAUGAUUACUAAAUUGAAAAUAAAUUGUAUCAUCGUAAAUUAUUAAUUUAAAAUGCCUCAAGGCUUGUCGGACGUUAAGAGUGAAUAUUUAGAAAUUGGCGAAUAUAAUUUUUCAUGGCCCGGUGAAAAUGGAACUUUACAAGAUUUUGGUUCUGUCAACUAUACAAUGCCUUCAGGACCGUGGUAUUGGCCAUGGUGUCCCCUGUGGAAAAUUCCUCAACAUCCAUUAUUUCAGCUCUCAAAUGUGCUCUUCGUGGCUGCCUUUUGCGCUCCAAGUACAAAGAAAGGUCAACUUUGGAUGCACACAAUUUUAAUUUUCGGUUUCAUGCUAUACUCUGUAUGGGCGUGGCACGUGAUUUGUUCACCUGACGCCUUCUCGUGGAACUUCGGCUUCGUGUUCCUGAAUCUCGCUCAAGUUGUCUACUUGGUGUACGAAAUGAGACCUGUCAAAUUUGACCCAGAACUUGAAGAGGUGUAUCAUACAUUGUUCGAUCCUUUUAAGGUAUCAAGACUCCAGUUCAAAAGGAUGGUGUCACCGGACUUUGCGCACGUAAUGUCUCUCCACGCUGGUGAGGCCUAUGCUAUGCAAAACCUUACGAAGACCGAUCGGCUGGGACUUUUGCUCUCCGGAAAGGUAAACGUUAUGAGUGGACAUCAGUUUCUACAUCCAAUAUUGCCGUGUGAGUUUUUGGAUUCACCGGAAUUCGAGUCCAGCAGAGCUACUAUCGAUGAAAAAUUCAAGGUUUCUAUAGUCGCCGCGUCGUCCUGCCGCUACGUAUACUGGCAAAGGAGUUCAUUAGAGUAUCUAUUCGUGAAGGAGCCGUACCUAGCUUGCGUGGUGACGACAUUGAUAGCUCGUGACAUCACCACCAAGUUGUAUGCGAUGAACAACAAGAUCGUGACCGAGCGAGGCUCGCAUCUGGACAUUCGGCUGCCGAGUAUAUCGCACGCACUGGCUCGCAGUCCAAGGAGACUUCGCUCGGCCAGUAAGCCUCCGCCUCCUACUACAGUGCAACCGGUGCCUCCGGAGAAAAGAUCGAAUUACUGGUCAAGAGAGGCAGAGACAGGAGUAAGCAUCGCCAAACGUAAUGGCGUCGCAGCUUGCUAUCCUGAUGAGGACGAAGAGCUCAUACCCCUAGCAGCUCAUGAGGCCCCCGCAGCCUCCUCCGACGACCUCUCAGUAGCAGACAGUUGCCCCGACACCUCCUCGAAGUACCACAGCUGUGAGGCAGUUGAGACCGACGACGAAUUGAGACAUUGACAUAUGGAUGAUGAUUUGUCAUCGCUGACCGCAGAUAGUAUGGAGGAACUUGAAACUUCGCUCACAUUUUGCAACACGAAAACAGUUUCCUCCGAUAGUCUUUCGCAAUAGAAGAUUCGAGUGUUGACAGAUCAUUAGUUUACAGCUUGUGUAUCAUGAACAUUGUUACUGUUAUAAACUUGGAUUUGUUUCGUGGUUUCAGUUUUUAUUAGGCUUAAUGCAGGGGUCGCCAACCGGGUCGGUCGGGUGGGUCUUUCGAUGUGAAGUUGUGGAUUUUAAAUAUUUUAAUAACAAAGUCUUUUAAAAUAUAACAGUGGAAUAUGUCGUCACUCAGCCAAAUGCUUAUUUCCCCAUGGCAUGUAUCGUCAGUCAACAAGUUUAUAAGCUAAGUACCAAUCUACUAUAAUAUUAUAGUCAUCACUUGGUGCUAUCCCAGAACGAAAGUAAAGGAGAUGGUCCAAAAUUGUAUGGAGUCCAGGAUCAUUUAUUGUACCCUAUCGGAAAUAAAAGAACAUAUUUUUUAUAUGUACAAAUAUACAAAACUACGAUUUCACUAUAAUUCUUUCUAAAUAAUAUUCAUUCUUUCUCAAGAAAUACAACACUAUUAAGGGUAAUAAUGGCGGAUUGAUGACGUUUUCAAUGCAGUAGUCGAUUUGACGUUUGCUGUCAAUUGUCAUGUCAUAGUUGCUUCAAGAGCGCCAUCUUGAUAUAACUCAAAAACUUUUAAUUUUAAUUUUUUUUAAUCACUUAUUCAGAUUUUUAAAAAAAUCUUGAAUUUUUUAAAUUUUAAUGAUACGGGUAUAAGAGUGGACCUUAAAUGGUUCAUCUCCAUUUUCUAUCUUCCUUAACUUGCUUCAAUUGUGGCUAAACAGACUAUAAAAAGUCCUCAAAAUAUAGUAAAUAAAUAUUUUAUUUCUUCAAACUCAGAAGUUGCCGACCCCUAGCCAUAGGUAUGUAUCUAUUACUUGCUUUUGCUACAAAAAUAUAGAGAAAUAUAUCUAAAUAAGAAUCCUUUAUGUACAGAAUACCUAUAUUAAUUGCCUAUCAACGUAUUCAUAGAUCGCUGUUGCAAAUAUGAAAUGAGCAUAAUGUACUUACAUAAUAUUAUAUUGUAUUUAAAGUACUUAUGUAACUUAAGAAAAUCUC